AUGUCUAAACGAAACUCGACCAGACUUGCCAAUGGCUCUGCACCUGCCGUCGACCAGCCCGUCCCCAGCUACCUCCUCACUGGCAAAGUUGCCCUUGUGACAGGAUCAGGGCGAGGUAUGGGGCGUGAGACUGCACUCGAACUCGCCCGCCGUGGCGCCGAUGUUGUGGUCAAUUAUGCCAACUCCUCCAAAGCCGCCGACGAGCUUGUCGCUGAGAUCAAGGCCCUCGGUCGCGACUCGAUUGCCGUCCAGGCCAACGUUUCAGACGUCUCCCAGAUCGUCGACAUGUUCGCUCAGGCCAAGAAGCACUUCGGCAAGUUGGACAUUGUGGUCUCGAACUCGGGCGUCGUUUCCUUCGGACACUUGAAGGACGUCACCGAAGAAGAGUUCGACCGUGUCUUCAACAUCAACACCCGAGGCCAAUUCUUCGUGGCUCGUGAGGCAUACAAGAACCUCGAGGUCGGUGGCCGCAUUAUCUUGAUGGGCUCCAUCACCGGCCAGGCCAAGGGCGUACCCAAGCACACCGUCUACUCGGGCUCCAAGGGCGCCAUCGAGACCUUUGUCCGCUGCAUGGCCAUCGACUGCGGUGACAAGAAGAUCACCGUCAACGCCGUCGCCCCCGGCGGUAUCAAGACUGACAUGUACCACGCCGUCUGCCGAGAGUACAUCCCCAACGGCAUGAACUUGACCGAUGAUCAGGUGGACGAGUACGCCGCCACCUGGUCCCCCAUGAACCGUGUCGGUAUGCCCAUCGAUGUUGCCCGCGUCACUUGCUUCCUGGCCUCGCAGGAUGGCGAAUGGGUGAACGGCAAGAUCAUCGGCAUUGACGGCGCCGCUUGCAUGUAA